AUGUUUGGUGGUGAGGUACAUUCUUCUUUGCUUGACCUGAAGCAUUUGAAUUAUUUGGAUUUGAGCAGUAAUAAUUUUGGAGGCAUUCAAAUACCUGGUUUUCUUGGCUCAAUGACAAGCUUGACAUAUCUUAACCUAUCUAAUGCUCGAUUUGCUGGAAGCAUUCCUCUUCAGUUUUGGAAUCUUUCCAAUCUGAUCUAUCUUGACCUUGGAGGCAAUUAUUUGGAAGGAAGCAUUCCUCAUCAAAUUGGAAAUCUCUCCAAUUUACAAUAUCUUGAUGUCGGAGUUAAUGAAUUUAAUGGAAGCAUUCCUCGUCAAAUUGGAAAUCUCUCCAAUUUGCAAUAUCUUGAUCUCGGAGUUAAUGAAUUUAAUGGAAGCAUUCCUCGUCAAAUUGGAAAUCUCUCCAAUUUGCAAUAUCUUGAUCUUGGAUAUAAUCAGUUUGGUGGAAGCAUCCCCCAUCAAAUUGGAAACCUCUCAAAUCUAAUCAAUCUUCAUCUCGGAUAUGUUGAAAACCUUCAAUGGGUUUCAGCUCUUUCUUCUCUUCAGCAUCUUGAGCUGAUUGAUUUAAACCUAUCCAACACCUUUGACUGGUUGCAGGAUCUAGAUUCACUUCCUUCCCUGAGAGAGUUGCACUUGUUAGGAUGUGAUUUGAACCAUCAUUUUGAACCAUCAACCUUAAACUUUUCAUCUUUAGCCAUCCUUCAUCUUUCUGAUUCUGAAUUGGGCACUUCAUUGAUUCCAAAUUGGGUAUUUCAACUGAAAAGAUUAGUUCAUCUUCAAUAA